UAUAUCUUCAUCAUAAGACCAUGUAUAUAUAUCACUUUCCCCUCAUAUAUUCCAAUUAAAACCUCAAAUCCCUUCUACUUUAUCCCAGAAACUACUAAGAACAAUUUAAAUUAGCCCUUAUAAUUUUCCUGGUAAUACUCUAAUUAUUUUUUCUUAAUGUAAUUCGUCUGAGGUCCCUUUAAAUGCUUCGCUCAUCCAAUCCAGCCGUGCCGUGUCUUUUGUGUCAAUUUCAACCAUCAUGGCGUCUACCAUACUGUUUCAUAUCAUGUUUAAGAUGUGAGUCCACCAAGUUGAAGGUCAGACAUGAGCAGUAAGCGUGGCUAUUUAAAUGUUGACCCCGAUUAUGAAGAUGUGAGCGAGCAGCAAAAUAAGAAGCAGCGACUUAUAGAGAAGGACGCGAAAGCUGAAACCAUCCAGAAGAUUGAAAAGAUAAUUCAGAAACAGAUUACUAUUGAGAUUAAAGAGAAAGAAAAUGAACUGAAUAUUAUUGACCAGUCCAUCUAUCAAACUCGUCACCUGCUGGAUCGGCUCAGGGCAUGUCUUGUUGCUAAUUAUUACUCAAAUGAUUCCAUAGGAAAUCUCCCACAGAAACCCUAUAGCAGUGCUGUACCAUCGAUUCACCCGGCAGUGAAAAAGUACCUUGGCAAGAAACCCAGUUAUUCAAAUGAGCAGUGGCUGGAGAAGAGCCAAUGGCAGGGAACAAGUGAUUCAUCAACUGGCUUGCAGUCCACAAAUAGUUCUGGGAAUUGCUCACAGAGCUCUGUCACUGUUGUCGAGACUGGUGAUGAGUUGGGCCAAAAGAAAUCUGAUUCAUUGACCAAAUUGGAACCAGAAGUCAGUUCUGGCCGAGCUUCUCGCUUCCGUGUAAAGAAAAAACUCAUUGUUGGAAAUAUAUCCAAGUUCAUUCCACCGGAUCGCCGUGAAGAAAGUGAUCCCUCUACUCACAAAUGGCUUAUCUAUGUCCGAGGCACCAAAGAAGAACCCAACAUUAACCAUUUUGUCAAGAAAGUUUGGUUUUUCCUGCAUCCAAGUUACCGUCCUAAUGAUUUAGUUGAAGUUGUACAUCCUCCCUUUCACCUUUCUCGGCGUGGCUGGGGUGAGUUUCCUGUUCGGGUCCAGUUGCAUUUUCACGACCAAAGAAACAAGCGGGUUGAUAUAAUUCAUCAUCUAAAGCUUGAUCGAACAUAUACAGGUCUGCAGACAUUCGGUGCUGAAACGACGGUCGAAAUUGAAAUUGAGAAAGGAAGACCAUCUGAGAAUGAUUCACCAGUUACAACAUCUACAUCAUCUAAUGUCUCUUGCGCAACUAAAACUCAAGCCCCUGUUGCGGGAACCCAAUCCCAAGAUUCUGGUGAAAGGACCCAAGAUUCCAGACUGAACUCUAAUGGUGUCACAUCAUCAUCUCCAAGUGAAAUAGUUUCUGCUGUAAACCCCAAAGUUGCAACAGAAAAGGAAAACACGACUGUUAGCGAAUUAAAGAAGGAACUAGUGUUGGAUUCCUCGAAUGUCAAAAAUGGUGUGUUGCCCAGUGAUACAACAAAAUCGCCAAGUAAAUUGAAAGUAUACAAAUUAACCGUUGGUAGUUCCUCGUCAACAGUUAACGAAGUCCCUCUGUGUUUACUGCCAGAAAACUCUGAGAGUUUUUCUCUUGCCAACAGCACCUCUACUCCAUUGAUCACAUCUGCAGUUUCUGGCAGUGAUGCAAAAGUGACAUGCACAGCAGCAACACCACCAAUAAUAACAACAGCAGCAGCAGCAGCGAUGACUAUAACAGCAGCAUCACCAGUGAUAACAAAAACUGCUACACCAGAGACAACAAUAAUUGCAUCACCGGCAGCAUCAUUAACAACAACAACAGCAACAUCAUUUACAACUAUAACACCAGCACCAGCACCAGUUGCAACAAUAACACCUGUGACGUUGGCUACAACAACAACAACAACAGCCACAAAUCUAACAAAACCUGUUAUUUCUUGUAAUACUACCCUUCCUUAUUUUGUCACGUUGACCUCACUUCCCAGCUCUAAGCUACCAAUUCCUGUUGCUGCUGUUCCCGUCGCUGUGUCCAAACAAAAAUUUGCUGCUGUUGCAUCGACGACGACAACAACAACAGCAAGUUCCACCAGUAUUGUUGGAUCGACAGCAACAACUGCCACAAUAACAACAGCAGCCUCUGUAUUGCCUGCUACCGCUAUUUUAGCACCAAAACCUGCGAAUCUUCAAGGAGCAGCACCGGUUCCUAUGAAGGUUCAAAACUUGCAGAACCUUCCUCUCAACACUCUGCUGAAGUGUCUCAACAACCAAGGUAAAGUGCUCUUAAUGUCACAACCUCUAGUUGGUAAAUCAACGACAUGUCUGCCCGCGAGUGCUUUAGUCUCGUCACAAACUAAUACUGCAUCUCCAGUCUCUGCAACAGUUACAAGUUUGCUUCACAGCAACUCAUCGUCUGUCACCACAACAACAUCAAGCACCAAACCUCCUAUAACUAUUUCAAAACCUUUCCUAACGAAUGAUGCUAUUAAGAAGGUCCCCAAUAACAUUGAUGUUCGAUCACUUGAUAGUAGUAGUGGUGCUACUAAAACAUACACAAUUCAAUUGGGUUCAGCUUCUAAUUUACCAGAAGUUUCUGGGCAGAAUGAUUCUGUCUUAAAAGAUAAAGCUAAUCCCAAAAAAGAAAACACACCAGUUAUCUCCCCAUUCCGAGUAACUUCAAAAGGUUUGAUUUCCAUUCCAAGCAGCACAGUUGGGGUGUGUUGGUCAUCACCUGUCACUGUUCAGUCUUCACUUUCACAAAUAAAUAAGCCAAAUCCAGUUGCUUCUCAUACCUUGCUCAGUAUGGGUUCAUUGUCUCAAUCCAACGUUUUGCCAACGUCUCUCAUGUCCCUGUCUUCUAAAGUGCCAACCACAACAAAUACUUCUGUAAUAUUAUUAUCCUCUUCACCAGUCAACAAGAACACUUCCCUUCUUGCUGCUAGCUCACCUGUAAAGAAAACUAUAACUCAACCAGGGAUUUUCAUUCCGACUGUGACACCUGGUGUCGUUCGACCCCUUGUCAGCGAAAUCAAAAGUACACCAGGCAAAUCUUCCCUUUUGCUUCUCAGUUCAACAACGAGUGGCCUAAAUAAGGGACCUAUUGUGACAGGUAACAAAAUUCUUCAAAGCUCUCCUUCUGUUAUGAACAGUGUUUCAGUUUCAAAUACUUCUGGUACGACCACCCCCAUACAACCUUUCAUCUUGAGCUCCAGUAAUUCUUCAAUCAGUCCUGCUGCUACACGUCUUCCUCUGAUGUCACAGAGCACUCCAGUGAUAAAUGUCGGUAUGCAAAAUGUGAAAACUCUAGCGAGAUCUGGAGAAUGGCGACAGCCAGUUAGGUGUAAUCUAGUGACUAGUAGUUCUACACUUCAAACAUUGCCUUCAACUUUCAGCACAGGGAAACAAACCUAUGUGUUAACAACCACACGAAAUAAGGGUCUGUCUCUGUUACCUUCACAUCUCUUCUUGAAACCCAAUACAGAAACGAAACCAGAUGCCUGUCAGUCACUUCUUACAAAAUCUUCAACUUCCAACAUGAACACUACCCAGCCUGUUUUGUCUGGCAUUGGGUCAACACCUAAUACUGUGGCUACCACAUCUGGUAGUUUAUUGAACACACCUAGACCUAUGCUGUUGCUUAAGAAUCCAAACAAGACUGCAAUGAUUGUUACACCUGUUAAUAACUCUACCAUGCCAACAGGUAGAAUUUGGCCAUCUGCAUCGGUUGCAGAGAAACCUGCCAACAGUAAUAUUACAAGCAGCCAAGAAGGGGCAGGCACCAAUGUUUCUCUUCAGGUACAAUAUUCAAAUGGUAAUCUGGUCCUGGCCCCACCAUCUGGCUUUGGUAACAACAGCUUAUCACAGAAAGUGCUUCUUAAAGUAAUACCGUCCACUUCAACAUGUAACCCAUCUUCUGUAAGUAGUUUACCAAAGAGCAGUAACGGAACUGUCUCGCUCAGCACUGUAACUACAACUGUUAGCUCUACCACCUUUCCCAAAACAACAUCUGUGAUUACCAAACAGGUGAGACCAACUGUAUGUGAGAAAAAGAUCCAUGGUUACAAUAAAGCCAAAAAAAUCCAACCAGUUAAUAUCUCAGUUCCUUCAAUCAACUUCAAUGCAUUAACCGACAUGAUGUCAGUCAUCCGAGCUGUAGUCCGUCUGCACCCACUGGUCAGUGAAGGUGUUGACCGUUCUCUACAUCCAUAUGCAACGGAUACUGUUGAACAAUGGCUGUCUUGGAAUAUAGGCAAGAGAAGGGCAUCAGAAUGGCAGAGAGCAUCUUCUGUAAAGAAUUAUAUCCUGAAGCUAUUAUCAGGAUCAGCAUCAACAAACUUCAGUGCUGCCGAUGUGUGGAGUACCAAACAGAUAUUUUCUUGGUGCCGCUUGCAUGCCUACACGCCACACCAUCUUGAAAAACAACUCCAGCAGUUACAGUCGAGUAGCAAGUCUUUUAGUGAAGCUUCUUGUAUGCUGCAGCCAUUGAGUAGCUUCACUCCAAUGGAGACGAUAGAGAAGAGACUUGAGCAGUUGGAGGAUUCAGGACAGUCUUUAUGUAAUGAAAAUUUCUUAACAGUUGAUGUAAUAUCAAGAGGUCUUCCAAAGGUGAAGAUAAAAAAGGAAGUUGAUGUUGAUCCUGUAACUUCUUCUGAAGAUUAUAAAUAUUUGCCCUCGCCUGAUGCUUCCAAUUUUGUUCACGAAACAGCUAGACAAGUGGGUGUGCAGUUUAAACCAACAAAGAUAGAAGAAAAUAUCUACAGCUCCUCUUGUGAAUUGAUGAUAUAUUCCUGUAUGGAAAAUAUAAUGUCUGACAUUCUGAGGACAGCUUUUGCCUUGAAAAGUGAAGAAGGAAGGUAUCCAACAGAGCUUUCCUUGCAAGAUAUCCACAAAGCAUUGACUAGUAUACCAGCUUGUGACUUCUUGACCAAUUCUAAUCUCGGUCUUGUUGUAGACUCCGACCACACUCAACCUUCAGUUGACCACAAUAAAGAGAAACAUGGUAUUACCUGAACAGAUUCUUAGCUUCAAUGCAACAACCAUAUUUGAAAGAAAGCAUUCAGCAGGAGGGUGGUGGACCCCUGCUCAUGUCUUCGCCUAAAGUUUUAUUUUCCUAGUCUUAAAGUGCAAACUAAAUGAUGGUCUUCUUGUGUCACAGAAAUAUAUAAUAUUAUGUUAUAUUAUAUUAUAUUAUACAAUACAAGUAGUAUUUCCUUGCAUGAAGAAUAGACUAGCUCGAUUUCCAUUCGUUCUUAUAUUCAACUGAGUAAAUGAGACUGAGGAAGUAGAAGCUUCAGGAACGGGGUAUGGUGGGGGAAUUUCUUGAAGAAAAUUUCUGGAGUUCUAGCUUAAUUUACGUUACCUCAGGGAGGAGACACUUGUGUGAGUGUGAGUGUGAGAGAGAGAUUGAAGCAGAUGGUGGUGGUGUUGAUGAUAGAGCAGGGAAAAAGGACUCUUGAGCUUGAAAAAAUAAAUAUAUAUAUGUAUAUAUAUAUAUAUAUAUAGCCGACUUAAAUGCAGGGAUUAAGUGUUGGGCUAUUUGCAAACCUGAAUUAAUGGUUGGUAAUACUUGAGAUGGUACUUACGCGUGAACAAUAUGAAUAUGACUUCUAAAAUGUUCAUUUGUUUUUCCCACAUGUCUAACAGUGUUUAUAUGUUAUUGAGCUAUAUGAUUCAAUAUAUGUCGUUGUAGCUAUAGACAUUGACAUUCCAUCUCAGGUGCGGGCAUGCUGUACUCAGUUUUAACCCCUUUCUCGAGUUGUUCCCAUUUUAGAGAUGCUUAAGUCGAGUUGAUUGGCUGCACGAAGCAGAUCAACUCUAUAUAGACCCUAGACAUUUCUUUGUCUCCCUCAUGUCAGUACGUAGGAAAUAUUUGGAAAUCUGUGUAGAAUUACGUUGAACGUAUGAGAUUAGUGAUUGAUUAUUACAAAUAUGUGUUGUAUGAUAGGUUUGCAUUGAUUUAAGUUUCUGUGUAAAUAGGUGUGACAAAAGUGUGGAAACCUGUUUUGUGAUUUGUGUUGGAAUAUGUGAAAAUAUUCCAAGAUUCUCCAUUUAAUAAAAUACAACCAGAAUGCUGCAGAUGUUAUAUGUUAAUUUGCUUGUGUAUCUGAACAACUGUCUUGUGUUUUAUAGUAUAACAUUAAUAUGGGGCAACAUUCCACCACACACAUACACAUAUAUUUAAUGCACACAUGUGCACAGCCAUAUACAUACAUACAUACACACAUGUAUCUAUGUAUGUGUAUAUAUAUAUAUAUAUAUAUAUAUAUAUAUAUAUAUAUAUAUAUGCAUGCACACACACACACACACAUUUAUACACAUGAUUCUGUGUAUUUAUAUGAAGUGAAUAUUGUUUUGAGGAUUGUAUAUCACCAAUGAGUAUGUCUAAAACAGAGAAACGUACCUAUUUCUAACAUUUAAUGCUUACACUAAAUUCAGACCCUUUCAUUUUAUGCAUCACUGCUCAAAUAAAACUUAAAACUUGUCAUUGAACUUCCACCUGGGAUUGAACCUUAAAUCUAAGGUUUCCAAAUGACUCUACUGUAGCUAUUAGACACUAAUAACUCUUGAUCCCGACUUUAGAUAUUAUCUGUAGUUUACCUGUUGUAUGGCGAGUAUUAUAGAGUAAGAAGUAAGCUUCUGUGUUUGAUUCCUGAUUUCAGCUAAAUCAAUGCAUUUCCACUAAUAAUAGUGGUGAAGAAGUCAUGAACAUCAUUUAGUCCCAGACAUCUCCCUGAUAAAUUUGUGGCCUUCUGUCUCCUGGGUAAAACUAUGCUUGGCCUUGAUCCACUCUUUCAGGUGGACAUAUAUAGACAUAUACAUAUUUGUAUACAUGUGUUUGUUUCGAGUUCAAAUUCCGCUAAAGUUGACUUUGCUUUUCAUCCCUUUCCUGGGAGUUGAUAAAAUAAGUACCAGUUGAUUACUGGGGUCAGUGUAAUCCCUGAAAUUGCUGGCCUUGUGCCAAAAUUUGUAACCAAUAUAUUCAUGUAUAUACAUACAUAUACAGAUAUACAAACACACACACACACACACAUACAUCUUGACUUGGCUUCGUGAGUGAAGAUUUACGGUGGGGUUUGUCCAUAACUGUUGCAGGUUUGUUGGUGCCCAACAAGUCUGUUUCAGAGCAAACGGGCACAGCCAGAGAGGGCUGCGUGAGAAGAUAGGCUGAUCAGGGCUGGUUGUAAUGUCCUUGUUUUUCCUCCUUUUUUUCUCUUGUCUGCAAGCAUGGUCCUGUAAGAUAUCUUCAAAGGAGAGAAGCUGACUGAAUGACUUGAAACAUUUAAAUUUCUAGCAUUUGGCUAUCAAUUGAAAACCCCAUUUAGAAGAAGGGCUGGGGGUACAGUUAUGAUUUUUCAUCCUCCAGUGGAUUAAAACAACUGUUUGUAAGACACUUGUGUAUAUUCAAUGAACCUUAUUUCUCUCUCUAGAAACAAACAAAAUAAAAAAAAAUGAAAUAAAUAAACAGUUGGCCUUGUAUCAAAUCAAAAGAAAAUACAUGAAAUCUUUUAAUAACCACAACACAGCAGUUUAUUUACUGCCUGCACUGAAAGACCCUCCCCCCUACCCCAAAUGCUUGUUAUUAAUGUGAUAUUUAUGUGUGUAAGUGUGAAUGUGUAUAUUUGUGUUCAGCAUGCAAUAUCCUUACUUUGAAAGCAAGUAUCUGUUCCCACACAGUUCAGAAUUUUCACCCCCCCCAAUAACUAAACUGAUAUUUUUCAACUACGGCACCUAAUAAAAAAAUAAAAAAAGUGAAAAUAAAGUUGGUAUAGUUAUUAAUUUCUAA